CUUUCUUUAUCACUGGCUUCUCCCUGCAAAGACGAACCUACCCACCUGACCAUCAUCGCAUAAAUCUCAAUCUCAUCGAGCUUGUACAAACCCUAAAACGCAGCCCAUUCGCCCUCAUCUCUACUCUUAGCGAUCGCACCCGCUUCCUUUCUUUUCUUGUUCUACUCGUUCACCGCACUAUAUGCUUCCUAGCAAGAGAGCUGGUGGAGGAGAGGUUGUUGUAGAAGAAGAAGGACCAAUCCGUAGCGCCACCGAAUCUCUCACCAAGAAGCCUCGCAUCGAUUCUCUUUCCACGGCUGCGGCCAGUAUUGAAUCAACCGAAACCACGGGGAAUAUUAAGAGCACCGACUCCACCACAUCUGCUCCCGAUACUACCGCUGCCGCCACCACCACCCGCACUAACAACGUCAACAAUAAUCACAGUCGUGGCAUAGUUGAAUCGCCGAUAAUGACUUUGGGUAACGGGAACUCGCAGGACAUUGAUGAGGAUCUUCACAGCCGUCAGCUUGCUGUUUACGGCCGCGAGACCAUGCGGCGGCUAUUUGCCUCUAACAUCCUUGUAUCGGGAUUGCAAGGCCUUGGUGCUGAGAUUGCGAAGAACCUGAUACUUGCUGGGGUGAAGUCAGUGACCUUGCACGAUGAGGGAGUUGUUGAAUUGUGGGACUUGUCCAGCAAUUUUGUUUUCAGUGAAGAGGAUUUGGGGAAGAAUAGAGCCCUUGCUUCUGUCCAAAAGUUGCAAGAGUUGAACAACUCUGUGGUGAUUUCUACUUUAACAACUGAAUUGACAAAGGAGCAAUUGUCUGAUUUUCAGGCCGUAGUAUUCACUGACAUCAGUUUAGAUAAAGCAAUUGAAUUUGAUGAUUACUGCCACUAUCAUCAACCUCCUAUUGCCUUCAUCAAAUCUGAAGUAAGGGGUCUUUUUGGUAGUAUCUUUUGUGACUUUGGCCCUGAGUUUACAGUGCUUGAUGUUGACGGUGAGGACCCACAUACAGGCAUCAUUGCUUCCAUCAGCAAUGAUAAUCCUGCUCUUGUAGGUUGUGUGGAUGAUGAGAGGCUUGAGUUUCAGGAUGGAGAUUUGGUUGUCUUCUCUGAAGUUCAGGGAAUGACAGAAUUGAAUGAUGGGAAGCCAAGAACAGUUAAAAAUGCAAGGCCCUAUUCAUUCCAAAUUGAGGAAGACACCACAAAUUAUGGUGCUUAUUUGAAAGGUGGUAUUGUGACUCAAGUGAAGCAACCUAAGGUGUUGAACUUUAAGCCGUUGCGUUAUGCACUUAAGGAUCCAGGGGAUUUUCUUCUUAGUGAUUUCUCCAAGUUCGAUCGUCCACCUCUCUUACAUUUGGCGUUUCAGGCAUUGGAUAAAUUUAUCUUAGAAUUGGGACGCUUUCCAGUUGCUGGUUCGGAGGAGGAUGCCCAAAAAUUCAUAUCUUUGGUGACUGACAUUAAUGAUAGCUCAACAGAUGGGAGACUUGAAGAGAUUAACCCAAAAAUUCUUCGUCAUUUUGCAUUUGGUUCUAGGGCUGUGCUGAAUCCCAUGGCUGCUAUGUUUGGUGGUAUUGUUGGACAGGAAGUUGUGAAGGCUUGCUCUGGGAAGUUUCACCCUCUUUUUCAGUUUUUCUACUUCGACUCAGUUGAAUCCCUCCCCACAGAACCUUUGGAUCCCAAUGACUUGAAGCCCUUAAACAGCCGUUAUGAUGCUCAAAUUUCAGUUUUUGGAUCUAAGCUUCAGAAAAAAUUGGAAGAUGCUAAGAUUUUUAUGGUAGGAUCUGGUGCUCUUGGGUGUGAAUUCUUGAAGAAUUUGGCUUUGAUGGGGGUCUCUUGUGGUGUGAAAGGUAAACUGACAAUUACAGAUGACGAUGUUAUUGAAAAGAGUAACCUCAGUAGGCAGUUUCUCUUCCGGGACUGGAAUAUUGGGCAGGCUAAAUCAACAGUUGCGGCUUCUGCUGCUGCUUUGAUUAAUCCACGCUUCAAUAUUGAAGCAUUGCAGAAUCGUGCUAGUCCUGAGACUGAGAAUGUCUUUGAUGACACAUUCUGGGAGAAUCUGAGUGUUGUUAUAAAUGCUCUAGACAAUGUAAAUGCCAGGCUUUACAUUGAUGGAAGAUGCUUGUAUUUCCAGAAGCCCCUUCUAGAAUCGGGAACCCUUGGUGCCAAGUGCAAUACUCAGAUGGUUAUUCCUCACCUGACUGAAAAUUACGGUGCUUCACGAGAUCCACCUGAAAAGCAAGCACCUAUGUGCACAGUUCACUCAUUUCCGCACAACAUAGAUCAUUGCUUGACAUGGGCUCGGUCUGAGUUCGAGGGUUUGCUUGAGAAGACACCUACUGAAGUUAAUGCCUACCUGAGCAAUCCAAAUGAAUACAAGUCUGCCAUGAAGAAUGCUGGUGAUGCACAGGCAAGGGACAAUUUGGAGCGUGUUCUUGAGUGUCUUGAGAAAGAGAGAUGUUUAGAAUUCCAAGACUGCAUCACCUGGGCUCGUCUUAAAUUUGAGGACUAUUUUGUUAACCGUGUGAAGCAAUUGACAUUCACGUUUCCUGAGGAUGCUACAACCAGUAACGGAACUCCAUUUUGGUCUGCUCCCAAGCGUUUCCCCCGCCCAUUGCAAUUUUCCACUGACGAUCAGAGUCACCUCCAUUUUGUUAUGGCAGCAUCCAUCUUGCGUGCAGAAACAUUUGGCAUUCCCGUUCCUGAUUGGGUCAAGUCUCCUAAGAAGUUUGCUGAUGCUGUAAGCAAAGUGGUAGUCCCUGAUUUCCAGCCCAAGGAGAAUGUGAAGAUUGAAACUGAUGAGAAAGCUACAAGUGUUGCUCCUUCAUCAAUCGACGAUUCUAUUGUAAUCGAAGAAUUGAUCGUGAAACUAGAUAAAUGUCACCAGCAGUUAUUGCCUGGUUUUAGGAUGAAUCCUGUUCAGUUUGAGAAGGAUGACGACACAAACUAUCAUAUGGACUUGAUAGCUGGACUUGCAAACAUGAGGGCAAGGAAUUAUGGCAUCCCUGAAGUUGAUAAGCUCAAGGCUAAAUUCAUUGCUGGAAGGAUCAUUCCUGCAAUUGCAACCUCUACUGCUAUGGCUACUGGUCUUGUUUGCUUGGAGCUUUAUAAGGUUCUGGAUGAAGGACACAAACUGGAGGACUACAGAAACAGCUUUGCUAACCUGGCACUCCCUCUUUUCUCCAUAGCCGAGCCAGUUCCACCUAAGGUGAUCAAGCAUCAAGAUAUGAGCUGGACAGUUUGGGAUAGGUGGAUUUUAAGGGACAAUCCAACAUUAAGAGAGCUUCUUGAAUGGCUACAGAAGAAGGGUUUAAAUGCUUACAGCAUCUCUUACGGCAGCUGUCUGCUUUAUAACAGUAUGUUCCCUAGGCAUAAAGAUCGCAUGGACAAGAAGUUGGUUGAUCUGGCUAGGGAUGUGGCCAAGGCAGAGAUGCCUCCAUAUAGACGCCACUUUGACGUGGUGGUUGCUUGUGAAGACGACGAAGACAAUGAUAUUGAUAUCCCUCAAAUUUCCAUUUAUUUCAGUUAGGUUUUUAAGCCCUUGAAAUUUCAGCAUUUGUUCUAUAUAGUGUGAGAGGUAAGUGCUGUAGCUUGGACGACUCUGUUUCUGGUUUCUAGUUGAUGUAACCAAAUGAAUGGGAUACUUUUUACUAUAUGACCAAUUUUAAAUAUUUAUUACUUACAAGCUGUAUUGAUCCGAUGCUUUGCAUUAUAUGUUUUUUCGAUUUUGUUGAGUGUAAA